AACAGGUAAGUUAUUUCAUUCUCCUCCUGAUCAAAGAUGGAUCUGCAAAUCUCAGUUUUUCUUCUGUUCAUUCUGUUCACUGCAGGACACUCUCUCAACUGUAACGUGUGUCUGUUGGGCAGUUGUGCACAGAAGACAUGCUCCAGUGGAGAAAACUGCCUCAGUUUGCUAUAUGCUGGUCCAAAUGAUAUUUCUUCAGCGACAACUAAACUGUGUUUUCCAGCAAGUAACUGUACAACUGGGUCCCUCAACAUCGGCAGUUUUAAGUUCUCUUCUUACUGCUGUAACACAGACCUGUGUAAUUCCCAAGAUGCUUCAGAUCCCUCGAAUCCUCCGAAUGGAAACAAAUGUUACUAUUGUGAUGGACAGAACUGCUCAAAAGUAUUGAGCUGUUCAGGGAGUCAAGACCGCUGCAUUAAAGCAACAGGGACUUUGGCAAAUCAGACAUUGAAGGGCUGUGUCUCUAAAUCAUAUUGUGAUGGCGCAGCAUUACUUAGUGGUGUUGAUGUUGGGAACUUCACAUGUUGUGAGGGGAACCUGUGUAACGGGUCUCAGAGUGUCACCCAGAGCGUCCUGAUCCUCUGCGGUUCUCUGCUCUCAUACUUCCUGAUGCACUGAAUACAGCA